AUGGCUGCCGCGAAGGAGCUUAAACAAACACUUAAAGCCAAUAAAUACAUACACAAGGUUGACAAUGUAUUGCUAGGUGUUGAAAAAAAUAAGGGUAUUUGCCGCAGUGCGAUGCAAAAACCGCCUCGUAAACGACAACGCCGAACACCACAGAUCAGUCGCUUGAUCGAUUUCACAAGUUCACUUUUGUCGGAUGAGAUAGUAUUGCAUGUGUUUAGCUAUCUGUCUGCAAACGAUCUUGCUCAAUGUGCUAUGGUCAGCACAGGUUGGUCCCGAUUAGCCAACGAUGAAUUGCUCUGGAGACCUCUUUUUCUCGAUAGAUUCCGUCAUCGAUCAAGAUUGAAUUCUUGUAAUGUCCAUCCUUGGAAAACAAAGUACAAGAUUAGUCACAACUGGCGCUCUGGUAAUUGCCAAAUUGUCCAUUCAGAGAGAAAGCAACCUAUGCCACCCUGUCAGCCUUGUAUUCAAUCGAUAGACUCCAUUUUGUGCCAGUCAAACUCGGGUUCUCAGAUAGAAAUCUGGUCUCUGAAAAAAAACCGUAUUCUCGGAUAUCUUCAGGCAUUAUCUCACCAAGAGGUUCCUGUUACAUGCCUAAAGUUGAUAAAAACUAGCCAAGAAGACAUAUAUCAUCUUGUGGCCGGAUAUGAACACGGGGGAAUGGCCAUGUGGGAAAUCGAGAUUGUGAAAGGCGGAUAUAAUGCUACAGAAUGGGUGGAUUAUCGACCUUCGGCACGGUCAGCAGACAGUGUGGUAUCAAUUGCCAUGGCAUAUCCUGUUGUAGCCAUCUGCACUGCUGCCAUGAAGAUCUCUUUAUUUAAUGUCAAUCAGAAUACAGAAAGAAAACGUCUAGGAUUGAUCUACCAGCUGCAGAGUCCUGUGCAUUGGACCCCAGUUGAGCUUGACCUCAAGUUACAGAAGCCAUCUGCAGGUUGCAUAAAGGACCGUUGGCGGCUGCUGGUGUGUUUUGGCAUGGGUAUCGGAACAAAUGCUUACUCUAUUGGAAUACAGGCAAGUGCGAGUCAUCUGGAUAAAAAUCUAACAGAACUUCUAGCCUGUUUCCUUUUUAAGACUAAUGAAAUCAUCGUCUCGCUUCACACAUUGAUUUCUUCUCGACACUGUUCUGCCCUUGACCAAGAUACGUUCUUCUUUACACCUAACCUUACCAAUACGACCCAACCUCCUAUCACUGCUAUUGCAUACGAUGCACCAUUCCUUGCAACCGCUCAUGCGAAUAAUACGAUUCGCCACUAUAGAGUAGACAUUACUCCUGACGUCUUCAAUCUCGUCUUUCUACAGACUCUAUAUGGCCACACAUGCAUGGUUACUGCGCUUACUUUGGAUGGGCCCGCCAGACGGCUUGUGAGUGCUGAUCGUACAGGUCUCAGGAUAUGGGAUCUCGCAUGUACCAAAGGAGUGCCUAUGGAUCGUAGUGGCCAAUUGAUAAAAUGGCACCAAGGAGUUGAUUAUCUGGUCAGACUCGAUCUUGAGCACGACGAGGACUAUCCAUGGCAGAUAGACUGGCUGUGUUCGGAUGCUACCAAGAUAGUAGCUCUCAAACGACCUCUAGUGCCUGAUGCAGCCAUGUCACUUGUGGUGUGGUCCUUUGGGGAGAAUUAAAAUUCAUCCAAAAGCAACACUAUUAUAUAUAUUUAUGCAUAUUUAUUACUAUGUUUUGUUUGUAUUUUUUUUGUUGGCUAUAAAAAUGGCUAUAAUGAAUGAAUAAAAAAAACUCAUCGAUCACAACACU